CCGAAGGCAACACAAUGGUAAAUCAAGAAACCAAAACAAUGAAACCCGCACAGAGGGCUGUCCGAAAAAUCAGAACUGCCAGCUUGGUUUCUAGUUUAACUAAAGGAUGGCAACAAUGGGCUUGUGAGCAUUCCACCAAGCAGGCACAGGAACCUAGCGGCUGGGUUCCAAACACGGAAAAAGAUGAUCAGGAACACCAGAUAACAAAGUUUGCAGAGCAAACAAAACCUACAGUUGUAGCACCAAGAACGGAUCCCACAGACGUUCCCACCAACGACCAUGGAGAUGCACUCAUCAAAACUAAAACUGUGACCAAAUCUUUUUCAAGCAAAGCACAAGAACGAGGAAAUGACAUUUGCUCCUUGACAGAACGAUACGAGAAGGACCCAAGUUCACUUAUACAAAGUAAGUACGACGACUCAAGGGUGGACAAAAUACUGCAAGGUAAUAUAUCUCCAACAAGGAGAAGAAAAUGCUCAAAUCUAGUUUCCCAGCUCACCAAGGGUUGGAAAGAGAUGGAGGAGGUGGAUGAAGAGCAGGGGACUGUCCUAAGUCCUACCCCAAAACUCAAGGAAUGCCGAAGUGAGAGCCUGGAAACAGAGGACAGUGGAUACAGCGAAGGUGAUGGAGAAGGGAAAUCACAAGCUGACAGUAAGAAGGAACCCCCAACGGAACAUAAAGAGGAUGCUGCACGGAUUAAACGAUCAUAUUCUUCAAGAAAUAACAAGGCUACUGGAGAACUUGAUAACAUAAACAAGGCUUACAAGAGACACGGCCCUGUGAAUAACAUUAAGGGGAAGUGGGAAAAGUGGUCAAAUCAACAUGCUCUGACUCAAAAGCUAAACCCUUUCAGCGAGGAGUUUGACCAUGAAUUUGCAAUGUCCAGGAGACUCCACAAGGGUGAUAAAGGUUACGGCCAUCCUGAAGAAGGGACAAAAACUGCUGAAAGGGCCAUGAGGGCGGAGGCCCACAUCCACCGUGAGAUGAAGGAUUUGUGUUUUAUCAUCAGUACUAUGUCUAAGCCUGGGAAAGAUGGGAAAGUCCGUGUAACUUUUGGAGAACUCUUUGAUCGAUACGUGCGCAUCUCAGACAAAGUGGUAGGGAUACUUUUGAGAGCAAGAAAACACGACAUGGUGGACUUCCCAGGAGAAAUGUUAUGGCAAGGCAGAGACGACCAUGUAAUAAUCACUUUACUAUGAACUCAGAUGAGUGGUGUAGUUAGUCAUUUUUAGCUUCAUGACAACUGAAACAGUUUUAUUACACAAUUUCAGCAGAAAUCUAGAUGUUCCAGUGAGUGUCUUUGCUUUUACUGAAGUUUUUGAAUUGUAGACUAAGGACUGUUAUUAUAGGUAGAUAACCAAACAACUAACCUUAUAUGGAAAUCUAAAGGUGGGUUUAGAUUUACUAGUUUAGGUCAAAACUUAAUAUAUAAAGUCUUAGAACUUGUGUUUUUGCAGUCAUCUCAAAACUAAAAGCCCCGGUGUAAGCUCUUAUCCAUUGGAUGCCCAAUACUUUGGAUGGAACAUUACAAAGCAGGAGAUAUCUUCUCAUGCACCCAACUUAAUUUUAGCUUUCUCUAUUUAUUGCAUUAUUAAACUUUGGUGUUCAACACGUGAAAUGACUAGAUACUAGAACUCAUCAUAGCAAACAGCAUUGACUUCGUUGGUAGAGGACUGAAAUAUAUCUCAGUAUGUUGAGUGUAGCUAUAUAGAACACUAAUUUCCAUUUCCUCCUUAUUUACACAGUACCCAGAUAAUUCCCUAAUUGUUCAACCUUUUCCAAUUUAAAGCUGGCCAUACACGCACCGAUAAUAUCGUACGAAACCUCGUUUCAUACAAUAUUCGGUGCGUGUAUGGCAAGUCGGCGAGGCAGGGUUUAAAGAUUUUGAUCGGGCGCCAUAGAAGGCGCCUGAGCAAAAUGUGCCGUCAGGGCUGAAUCGGCAGAAGGAGGUAUAAAUUCUAUUGUUUCUACCUUCUUAUCUGCUAUUUCAGCCCUGAAUGGUUAGUGGCUGAUUGAACGAUCUUUCGUGUGACCGAUGGUCGCACGAAAGAUCCCCAAUUGCCACGUGUGUGGCCACCUUAACUCUUGCAAUCAUAUUGGUCAAACAGGCUAGCAGGGCCUAUAUGCAUUUCCUGGAAAUGCUGGGUAAGCAUGAAGAGUAUUAGGAUUUUUUGGGGGGAGGGGGAAUUAUAUUUGAAAUAAAAAUACCAAAUAUAUUUUGACUUCCUCUAGUCGGACAAAGUUUAAAUGUGGAGUUACCGCUCACCUUACACCACCGACAUUCUAUUUAAACGUUACAAAGAUGGACAUUUUGCUUUUCAUUUGAGAUAUUUGCCCCCUUUUUUCAAAGAAAUGUUUUAUAAUAAAAUUAAAAAAAAAAAAAUUUAUAUAAAAUAUUGUCUUCAUCUUUAAUGCUUUUGGCUUUGUUUACAGUGGAUUUUGUACACGACUUACUGCCUUUUGGGGUUGCCAAAUGCAUAGAAUAUAUUACAUACUUAUAUGUACUAAAGAAAUUUUAUAAAAUAAAUACAAUGAAACUUUUAUAAGAAAAA